UAAAGGAUAUUUCGAGAACAACUUACUUGCAUGUAACGAAUGCUAGAAUAUGGUUUAUACAGAAAGAAAGAAAUAUUUUACUUGAUAUUUUUAGUUGAAUUUACAAGAAAUCUUUAAGUAUUAGCACGGACUAUUUAUAUCUAUAUCCAUUUUUAAUUAUCACAACGAUAUGGUCAUGUACAGUGAAAAUUUAGAAUGGUAGCGAUUGAAACGAAUAAAUAUUUCUUAUAGAUGAUAAAUUUAACAACAUUCAUGUUUUUAUUAAGGUAAGACGCUGUACGCAUUUUAAUGAAGUGAACAGUAUUUGUGAUUGAUGAUUUAGUCUUGCGGUAUGGUACAAUGGUAAAAUAUUUUCAUUCAUUUACUCAUAAGAAUUUUUCAUUGAUUAACAUAAUUGCUUUAUUCUUAAUAAUUCUUGAAUUUGUUUUUUCAUCAUUGUCAGCAAGAAGUGGUUGCCAGAGUGCUUCCGCAUCGACUAUGUUCAUGGAAGCGGACUUUCCUAACUUUCAUUUUCUACCGUUCGAGCUACUUCUAAUGCCAGUUGCUACCGCUCAUUCAUUAUUCAUUACUGAAUAAUAGUUUGCCCAUUCAAACAUAUAAUACACCUUGGUUAAAAUGAAUAACUGUUAAAUCUCAAUUAAAUGUUGCGUCAAGCAUAAUGGAUAUGAAAAUAAAAUAUUCGCAGGAUAUCGAUAAAUCGUAUUUUUCGAAUGUGGUAAUAAGAUGUUUUUCAAUGCAUUUACUAUUUACUUGUUUUAUAAUUCUUUCUUUUUUUCUUAUGUUACAACCACUACCUAAUGUAGUAGGAAUUUUCAUCGAUUUUCCUUACUUCUUUUAUAUUUAUUUAAAACGUCCUCGCGAUAGAUAACAUAAAUUGUUUGCCUCGUAAUUGAUUACAGGCAUUUCACGUUCUUCCAUCGCUUUCCCUGGUGACACAGUACAGAACAACGAAUUGAAUCUUCUUAACCGCUACCAUUCGUGUAUGAAAGAAAAGCGGAGUAGGCCGUUAUUUGGCUGUCGCCCAGGAUAGGUAGCAGCGAAAGUUUAUCGUAUCUACGAUCGAUAUGACAAUGAGAUCCACGAAGACGACAUGUAUUCUUCUUCCUGUAGCGAUGUGUCGCGUGGCGAUGUUCUAUAAAUACUUAUGGGGGUCACAAUACCGAAGCAAUCACAGUUUUUCUUCGACGUUGGUGUCAGUAACAAGCUGUUGGCAGUUACUGCGGGAAAUCAUGAAGUUCAUACGCUAUACAUUGGAAAUAUCAUUGCUUUUAACUGUGGGAAUGGCUAUUACCGUUGAAAAGCGAGAUAGUAGGAAUCCAGCAGUUACGAAGAAGCAUGACAAAAGAGGACUCGUUGGUCUAGGAUAUGGCCUUCAACAGGAUCAUCCGGAACAUAUUUAUGGUCAUCCAGAACCAGCGCCCAUUUACGAAGAACCACCUCCAGAUGCUUUACAUCCUGUACCUGGACAUUUUGAACCAGCACCGUCAUCGCCAACGGCAUCAUUUUUGGCACAUCCAGCUGCCGCUUUGCCUGUUCCAGUUCCAGCUGUGCCACAUCCGCUUCCACAGCCCGUACCUGUGCCUGUUCCGGUUCCUGUAACGAAGACCUUAACAGUACCAGUACCAGUUCCUGUGGAUCGUACUGUCGCAGUACCAGUGGCCGUUCCAGUCCCAAAACCAUAUCCGGUCCACGUUGAAAAAAUCGUGCACGUAGAUCGACCAGUACCAAUUCCUAUCGAAAAGACAGUUCACGUUCCAGUCGAUAGACCAGUCGCGGUACCAGUUCCAGUCCCAAAACCUUAUCCAGUGGCUUAUGAAAAGGUGGUUCAUGUAGAUCGUCCUUAUCCGGUUCAUGUGGCAGUGCCGUAUCAAGUCCCCAAACCAUAUCCUGUACCUGUGGCAGUGCAUGCACGUUACAAGUGGCAUGGCUGGUAAUUUUUCAAACGCGACCGUCUCUCCUUUUCUCUCUACCUCUUUCGUUUUUCCUAGAUUUAUCAUGGUCCAAUUUUACCUUUCUCCUUCUCUAAAAAUUUAGACCUUUUACAAAAAACUCGAUAUUCGUUUGAUCUUUCAAAGUCGUUCGUCUAUUUCGUUUAUUGUGAUAUCGGACGAAUUUUAUUUAUGCAUAUAAUAAACGAACGUACAU